AUGGAGGUCCAUAACAAGGAGGACACAGGGGAGGAUGAUUUUGUAGUGCAGCAUGUCAUUUCUGGUUGGUCCCCUCCCACUGGCCUCAUUUCAAAAAUCAAUGUGGAUGGUGCUUGGGACUGCAAAAGUAGGGUUAGUGGCUUGGGUAUCAUCAUCAGAAACCAUAGAGGGAAUUCGGUGGCUGGAGCUAGUAUUUUUGCUUCUCAUAAUUCUAUUGAGGAAGCUGAAACAAAUGCAGUGCUACAUGGUAUUUUACUUGCUGCACACCACAACUUGAAGGACAUAAGCCUAGAAUGUGACUCUCAGUAUGUGGUAAAGGCACUAAGAGACUCGAAUGCUACGCACAACUGGAGGAUAUCCCCCUUGUUAUCGAGGAUAAACAAUCUGCUCUCUAUGUUUAACUCGGUAUGCUAG